AUGGCUACCCUGCGUCGCGCGGACCUGUUUGACUUGUUCGCCAUGCAAAGUGCGAACCUGGUCAACCUGCCUGAGAACUACGUGAUGAAGUACUACUUCUUUCACGCAGUCUCCUGGCCGCAACUCCUCAGCGUCGCCCACGACUCUGGCGGAAAGCUCGUCGGCUACGUUCUCGCGAAGCUAGAAGAAGACGACCCUGCAGAUCGCCACGGCCAUGUGACCUCCGUCGCAGUGCUGCGCCAAAACAGAAAGCUUGGUCUGGCGUCGAAGCUCAUGAACUUGACGCAGCAUGGAAUGGAGGAAGUCUUCGAUGCGGAGUACGCGUCGCUCCACGUGCGCGUCACCAACCGCGCAGCCUACUCUCUCUACAAACACACUCUUGGCUACAGAAUCCACGAUGUUGACAAGGAGUACUACGCGGACAAGGAAGACGCCUUCAGCAUGAGGAAUUAUUUCUCUGCAGACAAACGGAAGGCAAAGAAGAACGCCGCGGCGCUGACCAGCGCACCGCGAGCCGCCACAGACGCAGCAAAAGCCGCCGACGGGGAAAAGGCCGCGACGGCGUCAGCCUCUGCGGAAGCCCUCGCCGCCGCGACGGAGACCGAGGGCGCGAAGGGACAGGAAACGGGUGGCGGCGGAGGCGCGAGUAGCGCAGGGAAGAAAAAGAAGAAGAAGCGAUGA